CGCGCCGGCGCCGGUCUCUCCUGGCGGCCGUGCACGCGAGGGCGCCUGCUCGAGGUCAGGGCCCGCGGAGGAGGGCCGCGCAGGCGAGGAAGGGGACGGCCCCUCAGGCCCCAGGAAGGUGGUUGCUCCCAGAACCUUGGAAAUGAUAAGUUGAUGUCCGUGCAUCCUUUCCACCCAUCUCUUUUCCCUCCCUAAAGGGAUAAAAUGGCAGCCAAGCUGAUGCAGCGUUGCUACAGAUUAUUCAGCGUCUCCUCUCCCUUGUGCAUCCACACAAAUGCCAUGUGUGCAGGGAGCAAGAUGGUCAUUUCCAGAGCACCGUCCCAAAUCCCUUUUGCCUCAUUGAGAGUGCCGAGCUUCAUAGUCCGAACAGACCAACUUUCAGUCCCUGAGCAUGUGAAUAGAAUACCCUACAACCGUGGCGAGGUGGAAGAUCUCAUCGACUCAGCGGCCACUGUAGAGGACCUCUUGCAUUACAGUGAACUUCACCCUGUCAAUGCAAACCAGGCUGCUUUAAUAAUCUCCCGGCUCUCCCGUAUGGUGAUGGAACAAAAAUUGGAACCUGGCAGUGUUCUGGAGGACGCGCGGUUCCGGUGCCUGCUUCAAACUGUGCACGCUGAGGUCUCUCACGUCUGGAACAUGGCUUUGGUGAACCUCUUAAAGAGCCUCUCUUUGCUGGGCCUGGAGCAGAACCAGCUGCGUUCGGUGGAGCAGGAGGUGCGGUGGCGGCUGAGGCGCUUCCCCUUCAAGCAGUUGGCCUCCCUGGCCGAUCAUUUGGCAGCCGGUGCUCAUGGGGGCCGGCCCAGUGACCUGAUGAGCGACUUACUGAAGCAUCUGGGGCUUCGCUGGACGGAAAUUGAGGACCCUCGGACCCUGGUUACCCUGAUGGCCAAAGUGGGAGCUUUCUCGCCGGCCCUGAUGGACCGUUUGGAGGACAAGGUAAAGGCCGGCGGGGGAGGGGAGCAUAGCAGAUGGGUUUGGGAGGAGGUGUCGCGGGGGAUUCCCUAG